CGUUCACACACGGCGACACACCCAAGGCCACCAACCGGCACGCCCUAUCAAUUGCGCAUCCACUAUUUAUUCGUUCCCCUUCGAUAUCGUACCACAUUGUUUUCUAUCCCUUUCAACCCUCCCAAACCCAGAGCAAGCAAGAGCGACCAUGGCUCCGAUUGGCGUGGGCAGCACCCUCCCCGACGGGCAGCUCGGGUGGUUCGACGAGAACGACCAGCUGCAGCAGGUCUCGAUCCACUCCCUGGCCGCCGGCAAGAAGGUCAUCCUCUUCGGCGUCCCCGGCGCCUUCACCCCCACCUGCAGCAAUCAGCAUGUACCAGGCUUCAUUACUCAAGCUGAGGAUCUCAAAGCCAAGGGUGUAGAGGAGAUUCUUCUUGUCAGCGUUAAUGACCCCUUUGUCAUGAAGGCAUGGGCAAAGACAUACCCAGAGAACAAGCAUGUGAAGUUCCUUGCUGAUGGAGCGGCAGCAUACACAAAAGCACUUGGUCUUGAGCUUGAUCUCACGGAGAAGGGAUUGGGUCUUCGUUCGAAGCGCUUUGCUCUCCUUGCUGACGACCUCAAGGUCACCGUCGCAAACAUCGAGGAAGGAGGCCAGUUCACAAUCUCUGGUGCUGAAGAGAUCCUCAAGGCACUGUAGGAGCUUCAGCUCUUUGGGACCGGAUCGAUCACCUGGACCUGGUGUCAUGUCAAUGUAGUUUGAACUUUUCUGCCAAACUGCUGGACCUGGUGUCAUGUCAAUGUAGUUUGAACUUUUCUGCCAAACUGCUGGUGCGAAUAAAUUGUCGAUGUGCAUUUUCUUCAUGUACUUUAUGUGACUAUGUGCAGUGCCAUUGACUUCAGGGUUUCCUAGUCAAAUUAGCGCGCUGCAAACAUUCUGGGAUUUUGGAAGGAAAAUGGUUGGGUGGUA